CGCCACCUUUGUUCAUCUUUCUAAUUCUUAAGUAAAGGUCUGAGAGUGUAAAGACAAUUUUUUCUUUGUGAACAUACAUCUAAUAAUUUAAUUAUAUCUGUGCCAAAUACAUGAAAAAAUAAUUUUUUGAAACAAUAUGAAAGAAGAACCAACUAGAGAUGGUGGUAUCAGGUGGAUGUCAUGGGUAAUUGGCAGUAGCAAGAACGUUCAACGAAAUGAUGAUACUAUACCUGGGAAACAUCGCUUGUGGCAGUUGAUUCAAAUGAGAAGAAUACACGGGAGUAAAGUUGGUGGUACAGGUCGGAUGUUAUCGUCAAGUGAAAAACUUAGUCUUACACCACUAAUUUUUCGUCAGAGUUCUACCGUUGAUGGGGACGUGUGUUUGUUGACAGAUAGCCCUUACAGAAUUUUGAGAGCUGCCGAAAGUGGCAACUUAGAUGAUUUCAACCGUCUUUUUAUAGCAGAACCAGCUCGUCUUGAUGUGAGAGAUUCAAAAGGUCGAGCAGCCGUACAUCAAGCAGCUGCCAGAAAUAAAUUAAAUAUAUUACAAUUUAUUCGUAACCACGGUGGAGAUUUGAACUUAAAAGAUUCUUUUGGAAACACUCCAUUGCACAUAGCAAUUGAACACAAUUCACUGGAUGCAGUGGAAUAUUUGUUUCAAAAUGGUGCUGACCCGAGUGCAUUAAAUGACAAAAAGCAAGCGGCUUUACACUUAGCAGUCGAGCUAAACCGUGUAGCCGUUCUUCAAGUAAUGUGCAAAUUUAAAGAUCGGAUCGAAAUCGGCCAAGGUGGCAAACAUGGUAGAACAGCACUUCACUUGGCUGCCAUACACGAUAAUGACGAAUGUGCACGUAUAUUGAUGCGAGACCUGGGUGCUGAUAAUAGACAACCCUGUCACAAUGGAUAUUACCCAAUUCACGAAGCAGCAAAAAAUGCAGCGUCCAGAACGAUGGAAGUACUUUUGCAAUGGGCUGAGAGCAGAGGCAAUUCAAGGCAUCAAAUGAUAUCGUUUUUCGACGCCGAGGGAAACGUACCGCUUCAUUCUGCAGUACAUAGUGGAGAUUUUAAGGCUGUGGAAUUAUGUUUGAAAUCUGGAGCGAAGAUUUCGACUCAACAAUAUGAUUUGUCCACUCCAGUUCAUUUGGCUUGUGCUCAAGGAGCCAUAGACAUAGUCAGAUUAAUGUUUGGUUUACAGCCUGACGAAAAAGCCCAGUGUUUAUGUUCUUGUGAUGUACAGAAAAUGACGCCACUUCAUUGUGCUGCUAUGUUUGACCGAUCUGAAAUCGUACAAUAUCUUAUAGAAGAGGGAGCCGACAUAAACGCUUUGGAUAAAGAAAGUAGAUCUCCAUUGUUGUUAGCUGCCAGUAGGUCGGGAUGGAGGACAGUUGCAAGUUUAAUUCGAUUAGGCGCCGAUAUUCAAGUUAAAGAUUCCAGCAAAAGAAACGUCUUACAUUUAGUAGUCAUGUAUGGAGGAAGACUUGACGAAUUUGCUCAUGAGAUCACAAUGGCGAACCACCAAGGAGCUUUAGAAUUGUUAUUGAAUGAAAAAGAUAAUACUGGAUGUUCACCUUUGCAUUACGCAAGUAGAGGUGGGCACAUACGAAGUUUGGAAAGCUUAAUUCGACUAGGAGCAUGUGUGAAUAUAAAAAAUUAUAACGGUGAGAGCCCUUUACAUUUUGGUGCUAGGUAUGGAAGAUAUAAUAUAGUCAAAAGAUUAUUGAAUUCAGAAAAGGGGGCUUUUAUUAUAAAUGAAUCAGAUGGCGAAGGACUUACACCUUUACAUAUAGCAUCUCAACAAGGACAUACAAAAGUAGUGCAAUUAUUUUUGAACAGAGGAGCCUUAUUGCAUCGCGAUCACAAAGGUCGUAAUCCUUUACAUUUAGCUGCUAUGAGUGGUCAUACACAAACAAUAGAACUAUUACAUUCUGUACACUCACAUCUAUUAGAUCAAUGCGAUAAAGAUAAAAAUACAGCUUUGCAUUUAGCAACCAUGGAGAAUAAACCAAAUGCUAUAACACUGUUACUGUAUAUGAACUGUAAAUUAUUAUUCAACUCUUUAGAUUUAAGUGCAAUUGAUUACGCAAUUUACUACAAGUUUCCCGAGGCUGCACUAGCGAUGGUUACUCACGAUUCAAGAGCUGAAGAAAUAAUGACAUUGAAAUCAGAUAGGCACCCUUGUGUUACAUUGGCGUUGAUUGCAUCUAUGCCACGUGUUUUUGAAGCUGUACAAGACAAGUGCAUAACAAAAGCUAAUUGUAAAAAAGAUUCCAAACAAUUUUAUAUAAAGUAUUCAUUCUCAUGUCUUCAAUGUCCAAUGGUUCAAAAAAAUGGAGCGACUGGUACAUUAAAACCCACUCCGUUGCCUGCCUUGAAUGCAAUGGUCAACCAUGGUAGAGUUGAACUCUUAGCACAUCCAUUAAGUCAAAAGUAUUUACAAAUGAAAUGGAAUACAUAUGGAAAAUACUUUCAUCUUGCACAUUUAUUGUUCUACACGAUAUUUUUAAUAUUUGUAACUUUAUUUUCCUCUCAACUAAUGGUUUACAAUAAUCAAGAUAAUAUGUAUAAUGCUACGAGUAAUGCACUAUUAACUGUCGAUACUACGACAAAUGUAGCCACGCUUAAGACAGUAGCAGUUAUGAUUGUCAUUUAUGUGUUCAUGAACAGCGCUCGUGAAGGGAUUCAAUUCUAUCAACAGGGAUGGCCAUACCUAUUGGAUCCCACGAAUGUUGUGGCGAUAUUGUUAUAUUUUUCAGCUAUAGCCAUGAUUGCACCGAUAUUAACAAAUUGUUUGCCUGAGUAUCAAAUAUCUUUUGCUAGCAUAACUGUAUUUCUUAGCUGGUUCACGUUACUUCUUAAUCUACAGAGAUUCGAUCAGGUAGGAAUAUACGUUGUUAUGUUUCUCGAAAUCUUACAAACCUUGAUCAAAGUACUGCUCUUAUUUUCUAUAUUAAUUGCUGCUUUUGGUUUAGCGUUUUACAUUUUAUUAUCGAGGGGUAAUCAUUUGUCAUUUAGUACGAUACCAAUGUCACUAUUACGGACUUUUGCAAUGAUGUUGGGUGAAAUAGAUCUACUGGGAACUUACAUACAACCUUUGUAUGCUGAAGACGACGACCAAGAAAAUGGUCAGGCUAGAACGCCUAGAACUAUACCAUAUCCAGUCCCCGUGUUUUUGAUGCUUGGCGUAUUUAUGGUUCUCAUGCCUAUUCUUCUAAUGAAUCUACUUAUUGGUUUGGCUGUUGGUGAUAUAGAAUCUGUCAGACGAAAUGCACAGCUUAAAAGACUAGCGAUGCAGGUUGUGCUGCAUACAGAGCUGGAACGCAAGUUGCCACACGUGCUAAUGGAAAAGAUCGAUAAAGCGGAACAGAUCGAAUAUCCAAACGAAAGAAAAACAAAAAUGGGCUUUUUGGAUUUUAUCUUGCGAAAAUGGUUUUGUAACCCGUUUUCUGAUGACGCAAUCGAAAUGGUAUUAGAAAAUAAUGAAAAUCAUUUGGCUGACGAGAUUGGAAAAGUGAAAGAUCGAUUGAAAACGAUCACUAGCUCGCUCGAAAACCAACAAACAUUUCUCCGUCUAAUUAUACAAAAAAUGGAAAUUAAGACCGAAGAAGAUGAAGUGGAUGAAGGCGUGUCAGCUAAAGAAAUGGCGUUCACGAAUAAUAUAAACGGAAAAUGGUCUUCACCAAGAGUUAGAACUAAACUUAAAACGUCUUUUAGUUUUUCUAAAUGUCACACUAAAUAGUUCAAUGUAAUAUUUAGUAGUCAAUAGAUUAAAUAUACCUGCAGUGUGUCUUGCCGUGUUUAUCUUGAUAAUAUAUUGUCACACGUCCCCUAUAUUUUGUGCAAUAUAUUAUACUUCUUUACCAGCAUUCUGUUGUCUAUAAACGGUUAGGUUAUAUUACGCGACACGAUUGACGUAUACGGAUCGUAGACUUGAGCGAAAUACGAAGCGAUUCGUCAAAGUCAAAGUGUGAUAAUUAGUUGUACGAAGUACGACAACCGUCUUGCACAAAUGAAUAGUCAUUUACAAAUAAUAGAUAUAAUCAUAAUUUAAUUUUUAAAAUAUUUGGCACAAAUUAGCUCUAUGGAUUAAAACCAUUUAAAGAUGUUAAAAAAA